AUGGCGGCGGUCUCAAGGGCGCCCCUGGGCCCCAAGGGCAUGGCCGCGCGCUCGCACAUCAACAUGGCGGAGGAGGUCAUGUCGGCGAAAGACGAGUCCACGCUGAUCAUGAAGGUGCUCAACAUCGACCCGCUGGCCGACUUCGACGUCACGUGGGUCGUGAACGAGUUCCUCGUCCAGCGCGACCAGCUCCCGCCCUCGUGGCAGAAGAUGGCGUUCCCGGACGGGUCCCUGCGGUACGUCAACCAGCAGUACAAGGUCGAGUCCGACGAGCACCCGAACACCCCGCGCUUCCGGGAGCUCGUCAAGUACCUCAAGGCCGCGAAGCGGUGGAAGAAGCAGCUCGGGGGGCACCACAUCAACCCUCACCUGGUCAUGGAGUUCCUGCACCCGAUCGACGACCCCAAGGCGAUCUCGCGCGCCGUGGCGCAGCUCAUGAUCAACCCGGACGCGGAGCCGCACCUCAUUUGGAUCGCCAAGGCGUACGUCGUAGAGCCGCUGCCCCCAGGCUGGGAGGAGGUCGAUCAGAACGGAAUGAAGAUGUACCGCGACCCCGAGUCCGGCAUCAUGACGCGGAGCCACCCCGGGACGAACUUCUACAAGGAGAAGGUCGCCACGCUGCGGAACCUCAAGCGCCCGGCGUUCUCGAACAAGUCGCGGCUGUACAAGUAUAGUCCCCCGCGGUACUUUUCGGGGCAGAAGGACAGCGCGGGGCAGCCGAUGGUGACGAAGGAGAUCCCGUUCACGGGCCCGUGGAUCGACGUGCGCGACGGGUACGGCCGGCUGUACUGGUUCAACGUGAAGACGAUGCAGGUGGCGGACGACGUGUCGCCCCUGCGGCGCUGGCUGGCCGCGGUGACGCUGCAGUCCUUCUGGCGCGGCCACAGGACGCGCUGCGAGAUCCUCGACAUGGCCGACGCCGUCGCGAAGGUCGAGAUCGCGUACCGGCGCGCCAGAAUGGCCAAGGUCAUGAACCAGGUGCUGGAGAAACAAGUGAAGGCCACGGUGUUCAUCCAGCGGCGGUGGCGCGCGCGGCGCAUCCGGCAGGCGUUCGCGGUCGAGAUGUGCAUGCGCAUCGGCAUGAUGGGCAUGGCGCGCCCCCUCCGGAACCAGGCCCGCGAGAAGGUUGUUGGGCUGCUCGCCAAUAAACAACCCUUCCUGUAUGUGCGGCGGAAGGUGGUGAUCCUGCAGCGCGCGGUGCGCGCGUGGCUCGAGGUGCGCAGCGGGAAGGUGCCGCCGCCGCCGUUCCGGCAGCACGUCGCGGAGACCACGCUGGCGGCGGUGAGGGCCAUGGACCAGCUGUGGAAGGGGUACGGGUGA